AUGCAAAUUGGAAUGAUGGUAAUGAUGACUCAAACUUUGAAGACCAUUGUGUCAUCCUAUCAUGACUAUGACAAGAACUCCCAUUUAUGUCCUUUGCCUAUGGUCAGGCCCAGAAGCCGUCAGUGGUGCCAAGGCCGCAUUGGAACCUUGGCUAUAGCCAUAGCGGCACUUCUCAUAUCUACUACUGCCUGGCUUUCCCUUGUGUUCUCUGAUGCAACUACCUGUUGCUUUCACCGUUUAAAGGAUCAGGAAAGUAGACCCCAUUUUUUCAAUUGGAAGAAGUGCAUUUCUCAUUGCCAUGCAAAAGUAACACCCCCUCCUGCUCUCCAAUUUGGAACCAUGAAAGAUCAUCUUCAUAAUGGUAGCAUUAUUGUUCAACAGGAAGGUUUUUCACUCAAACAUAUCGUUUUUGGGAUAGCAGGAUCAUCUCAGCUUUGGAAACGAAGGAAGGAAUAUAUCAAAUUGUGGUGGCGUCCUAAUGACAUGCGUGGUCAUGUGUGGUUAGAGGAACAAGUGCUUGAAGAACCUAAAGAUGAUUUAUUGCCCCCUAUCAUGAUUUCUGAAGACAUCUCAUAUUUCCGCUACACUAAUCCCAUUGGUCACCCUUCUGGCCUCCGGAUUUCUCGCAUUGUCAGAGAGAGCUUUCGCCUCGGCCUCUCUGAUGUGCGCUGGUUUGUCCUCUGUGAUGAUGAUACCAUCUUCAAUGUGAAUAACCUAGUUGACGUUCUCAGCAAGUAUAAUUCUUCUGAAAUGAUUUAUAUAGGUAGCCCCUCGGAGAGCCAUUCAGCUAAUUCCUAUUUCAGCCACUCAAUGGCCUUCGGUGGUGGUGGGAUUGCAAUAAGUCAACCACUUGCAAAGGCACUCUCUGAGAUUCUUGACGAAUGCAUUGAGAGGUAUCCAAAGCUUUAUGGUAGUGAUGAUCGAUUGCACGCCUGUAUCACUGAACUUGGCAUUCCACUGACAUGGGAGCGUGGUUUUCACCAGUGGGAUAUAAGAGGUAACGCUCAUGGUCUUCUAUCCUCUCACCCAAUAGCACCAUUUGUGUCAAUUCAUCAUGUUGAAGCUGUAAAUCCCAUUUAUCCUGGCCUGAGCUCUUUGGACAGCCUGAAACUUUUUUCAAAGGCCAUGAAAGCCGAUCCCAAAAGCUUUUUGCAGCGCUCUAUAUGCUACGAUGAUGCACGACAUCUAACAUUUUCGGUGUCACUUGGUUAUGUUGUUCAAGUCCUGCCUAACAUUGUUUUUCCCCGUGAACUGGAGCGCUCUGAAAGAACUUACUCUGCCUGGAAUGGUAAUAGCCAUGCGAAUGAAUUUGACUUUGAUGCUAGGGAACCAUACAAAUCUGUUUGUAAAGCUCCCACUUUAUUCUUCUUGAAAGAUACUAGAAGAGAGGGUAAUGCUUCUUGGGGUUCAUAUGUUCGGGGUAGAGAUAAAGAUGAUUUCAAAAGGAGAAUUUUAUGCUUUCCUCACUUUCCUCCCCUGCGCAAUGUGGGGGAGAUCCAGGUAGCAGUGCAACCUUUGAGAAAGAAUUGGCAUCUGGUUCCAAGACGUCUCUGUUGUCGGCAAAGCCAAGCUGGCAAAGAAAUACUCCAAAUCUCAGUUGGAGAGUGUGGGAAGGGAACUUUUACCUCUGUCUAUUGA